CCGUCGAAGAAGAGCAGUUAGAGCGCUGGAUCCCUGAAGUAAAAACACAAAACAGUACAAUCUGUGACUUUAUUUAUAGAGUUAAAGAGCUGUAAAGAUGGAAGACGUGAUGCGGUUGGUUUCGACAGGUGACUGUGUGAAAAUAUGGGAUACGGUUUCUAUGGCAACGCUGGAGCAGUUCAAUCCCCACAGCAGCAGCCACCCCAUUGCUCAGGCCUGCUGGAGCUCCAACAAUCAGUACUUAGUCAGUGCCAGCAGCAUUGGAGACAAACUGGUCGUGUCCAGCCUCAAAUUGUCUCCUGUCCCAGUGGUGGAGCUCGCUGAAGGGAAAAAGCAGACUCGGGUAUGUCUUAGCUCCUCCUCUCAGUUUGUGGUAAGUGGAGGUCUCGAUCACUGCGUACACAUCUGGGAUCUGAAAACCAAACGUUUGCAUCGCUCACUGGAGGAUCAUAAGGAAGAAGUGACAUGUGUGUCAUUUAAUGCCAAUGACAGCCACGUCGCGUCUGGCUCGAGUAGUGGAGAUUUAAUCCUGCACAGCCUCAUCACUAAUGUCUCCAGCAAACCAUUCGGCCAUGGCAGCAACCAGCCCAUCCAUGACCUGCGGCUGUCCAUGCUGAGACGCUCGUUGCUGGGCAGUGUUUCUGACAGUGGCACGGUGGUUCUGUGGGACUCCAACACUCAGAAGGAGAUCCACGUUUUCGAGAGCGCUCACAAGGCUCCAGGCUCAGGGCUGUCCUUCUCUCCAGCCUCUGAGCUGCUGGUGGUCAGUGUGGGCCUGGAUAAGAAGAUCGUCUGCUAUGACACAGCCAGCAAAAUUGUGGUGCGUUCCAUUCGGGUGGACAGUCCCCUCACAUCUGUGGACUUCACUCUGGAUGGAACCGGUUUAGUCGUGGGGUCUACUCAAGGAAAGAUCUACCAGUAUGACCUGAGGAACUCUAGCGCCCCCACCAGGGUCACAGCAGCACACAAGACCUCCGUCACUAGCCUGCGAUUUCAGAGUGGUGUCAGACAAAAGUCGAGUAAGACCAGCUCAUCUAAAGUGGGCAGCAGUAAAAAGUCCUCAUCCAAACUGUUGAGUCAUCCAGACCCCUCUCCACAGCGAGAGCUCACCGCAGUAGGUGGCGCUGCACGGGACUCCAUAUCCAGAGAAGCAGAAGGACAGCAGACUCCACAGUCGCUGCCUGUUAUAGAAAAGUUUAAUAACAUUGGAAGAAACAGUCUGGACAUCUUCUCUCCAGCUCGAGACGACUCUCGGAGUUUGGGAGCAAAUGGAGACACACCUCUUGGAAGGACCCAUGUGAGCAGUUGUGAGAUGAUCAGGGAAGGCGAGGGGCAGAAGGUCACAGGACGGGCCAGUUUGGACAUUUUCUCCCCUGUGCGAGAAGAUCUGCAUUCUGGCUCCAACUCAUUUCGUAAAACUCCUUUGGGAACACCCGUGGGCUCAUCGCUGGUUGGGACUCCUCUGAUGGCAUCGGCUGGUCGGUACAACCCUCUACACACAACCUUCAUGACGCCUCCUCCCAUAAAAGAAGAGGAACUUACCCAUAAUGCAUCUGACCCCAAAGAGUCCAAGAAGUUUGACAAAGGCAGCACUUCAAGUUUAGAGGCAGAAGCUCAGACCACACCCACUUCCUCGUCCCAACCGACCAAUCACAGCGAUCAGCCAAAGACCACCUUUUUCACCCCGGAGCCCAACGGGUGGAGGGGGAACAGUGUUCAGACUCAGCUCACCUACGGCUCACCUGUCCAAACAGAAGCUCAAACCACAACCACAGCUGCUGCAGCAGGCCCUGCUCUGUCUGCUGCCAUGUCCUCAACUUUGACCCAAAAUAUAGCAGAAACAGCUAGUCAGAAUGGUGCCCCGUUCACUUCACUUCAAAUGCACUUUAUUCAAAAUAUGAUCCAUGAGACACUGGAGGACUUCAGAGACUCAUGCCAUAAAGAUAUCAUCAACCUUCAAGUCGAGAUGGUCCGGCAGUUUUGUAUCCAACUGAAUGAGAUCCACAGUUUGAUCGAGAACUACUCUGUGAAUGAGGCUUUGGUUGAAGAAGUUCAGAAACUCAGGGAAGAAAACCAGAAACUGCGCGCCAAUUACUGAGCAAGAAUUACCGUACUGAACAAUCCUGGACCAUAAAUCUGGAACAGUGGAGUCGCAUAACACGAGGGCCUGCUCUAACAAAACUGUCUAAUCUUUAACUAUAUGUUGACAGAAAAAACAACAACAUUGAAAGUAUUUUUAAUGGGUCUCAUAUUUCAUCAUUUCAAGUGGUUAUGCAACUGUUGUGUGCUGCCAUAUGCAGUCUGUGUGUGCUGCACCGGUGAGUAAGGGGCUGCACUGUUCCCUUAUAUACUGUACCUUCUUUAUGGUUGCCAUUGCCUUAAGUGCCUCCUGGUAUUUUUACAGGGCUUUUAAACACAGUUGGCCUCAUGAAUUUAUUGAAAUGGGACUGAAAAGUUUGAGGAAAUGGUUUGCACUUUUGUAGAAACACUGCGUGAUUGUUGUUUUGAAUAGCUGCAUCAUGUAAUUAUUUGUGUAAUUAAAAAAAACAAAUCACAAACAAGUGAUUUCAGUGUUGUAAUUAGGCUAUUGGUACCAAAUUAACAAUAUAUCAUCUUUAUAAACUCAUCAAAUGCCCGGACAUUUUAAAAUAAACUAUUUCAGUAUUCUUCUUUUAUCUU